AUGGCAGUAGUUCCAAACUUAGCGGAAGUCUUCCUACUUCUCACGGUGUUCAUCGCGGUCUCCGCGGCUGACACCACCUGUCCCUCCCCCUGCACCUGUACUGACACUUACGGGGAACUAACGGUCUCCUGUUCGGGACAGGGACUCACAGACAUCCCCUCUAACAUCCCCUCAUCCGUGAUGUGGCUAAACCUCCAGUACAACAACAUUACAAGGGUCUCACGCAGCAGUUUCCAGGGUCUACAGAACCUACAUGGAGUCAACCUGGCAAACAACAACAUCAAACACAUCUCAACUUCCGCCUUCAGAAAUCUUCAGCAUCUACAAAACGUGGACAUUUCCGGUAACCAGCUAUCCACACUGUCAGAGGGAGUCUUCAACAAGUCCAUCACAACAGCGAGACAAGAUCAGAGAAACUUCUUCGUCUACAUGGCAAACAAUCCAUGGAACUGUGACUGUAAAUUAAAAUGGUUGGCUGCGAAACUGAAAGAUGGAUCUCACGACUACAGUGAUAGACUAGUAACAUGCAACCAACCCCAAUAUUUGACUGGAAAGGAGUUGAAAAAUGUACCACUAGAUCGUUUGGUUUGUGCACCAAACCUUGGAGCAGGCUUCAACGUAUUAGAUAGGAUGGACGCAUUUACUACAACAACGCCUCUCCCCACUAGUAAACCGUCACUGAGGGAACCAGAUAGAUAUCGGACUGACAAGAUGUCGUUUAACAUAGCUCUGGGUACAGCAGGAGCUGUGAUUGUGAUUAUUGUAGUCGGGGUAAAAAUGCACGAGGUUUACAAAAAUAAAUGUUCACGUCGCCAACAGCCUGUUCUAGAAGAUUUAGAAACACUGGUUUAA